GUCCGCGCGACACGAUGACGUCACCACGGUGAUAGGUGUGCUCGCUGAAUGCGGAAACGAGCGUCAGUGCCUUAGUUUCCCCAGCAAGCAGAUCAAUUGGACAAGACAGACAUGUGGCCGAAUCAAGGACCUCCAGUUCAGCCGCCCAAUCCUGCAUUUCCUCCACCUCCAAACCCUUCAUAUCCAGCCAUGCCCAUACCAGCCCACCCACCCGAACAGAACCCUGUCUACCCACCAGGCAUGAAUCACCCCAUGACCCUCCCUUACAUGACACCAAACCAACAUCCCUUUCCUCCAGCUGCCCCCGGUCCACAUGCACCAUUUCCUGGUGUAGGGUACCCUUGUCCUGUCCCGGAGUUUGGAGGACACCCAGCAGGUAUGAGUGUGCCUGGUCAUAAGAAACACAAGAAGAUGAAGAAGAUGAAGAAAGGCAAGAAAGCUCAUAAAGUUAACAAGGAACACAAACACAUGAAGCAUGGCAAGCAUUCCUCUUCGAGCAGCAGUAGCAGCAGCAGUGAUUCUGACUGAAGAUGAUGAUGCUUUUAUGCACUGAUUAUUUUCCUCUCUCUUAAUAAAUAGAUUUAUGUCUAAUUUCCAAAUGUCUGGGCAGAUAACUGACCAAAUGACCAUCAGCAAUAAAAUGGAUAAUCAUGUGGGGGUGUAAAGUAACAGAGUAAUUGUACACCAUAAUAAUAGUUAAAUACACUGAUCAGCCAUAACAUUAAAACUACCUGCCUAAUAUUGUGUAGGUCACCCUCGU